UUCCACCCAUCCAAUAAUGGCCCUUCAAUAUCUUUCAUCCUAUUCCUCACUCUCCCAACUCAUCACCAUUCUUUGCUUCUAUAUCAUUCUUCAUUUCCCCUUUUAUUCAUCGUCGUCAUCAUUUCAUGUCUCUUCUACAUCUACUUUUACUCCUAUCACUUCUCCUUUGAUUAUUAAGCAAGGAAAAGAAGCACUCACUCUCAUAACAUGGAAAUCUAGCCUUCAUACUCAAUCACAAACUUUCCUUUCUUCUUGGUCUGGAGUUUCCCCAUGCAAUCAUUGGUUUGGAGUUACUUGCCACAAGUCAGGAAGUGUCUCCAGUUUAAACCUUGAGAAUUGUGGUCUAAGAGGUACGCUCCACAAUCUUGAUUUCUUUUCACUCCCUAAUCUCCUCACUCUUAAUCUUUCUAACAACUCCUUCUAUGGAACCAUUCCUAUCCAUAUUGGUAAUCUUUCCAAAUUGAUCACCAUCCUUGAUUUGGGUUUCAAUAAUUUCAAUGGCAUCAUACCUCACCAAGUUGGAUUGCUAACAUCUCUUAGUUUUCUUGUUUUGGCUUCCAACUAUUUAAGAGGUCCCAUCCCGCCUUCCAUAGGAAACUUGAGGAAUUUAACCACUUUGCACCUUUAUGAGAAUGAGCUUUCUGGUUCUAUCCCUCAAGAAAUUGGAUUGUUGAGAUCUCUUAAUGAUCUUGAGUUGUCAACUAACAAUCUCAGUGGUCCCAUCCCGCCUUCCAUAGGAAACUUGAGGAAUUUAACCACUUUGUACCUUCAUACUAACAAACUUUCUGGUUCUAUUCCUCAAGAAAUUGGAUUGUUGAGAUCUCUUAAUGAUCUUGAGUUGUCAACUAACAAUCUCAGUGGUCCCAUCCCGCCUUCCAUAGGAAACUUGAGGAAUUUAACCACUUUGUACCUUUAUCAGAAUGAGCUUUCUGGUUUGAUCCCUCAAGAAAUUGGAUUGUUGAGAUCUCUUAAUGAUCUUGAGUUGUCAACUAACAAUCUUAGUGGUCCCAUCCCGCCUUCCAUAGGAAACUUGAGGAAUUUAACCACUUUGUACCUUUAUCAGAAUGAGCUUUCUGGUUUGAUCCCUCAAGAAAUUGGAUUGUUGAGAUCUCUUAAUGAUCUUGAGUUGUCAACUAACAAUCUUAGUGGUCCCAUCCCGCCUUCCAUAGGAAACUUGAGGAAUUUAACCACUUUGUACCUUUAUCAGAAUGAGCUUCCUGGUUUGAUCCCUCAAGAAAUUGGAUUGUUGAGAUCUCUUAAUGAUCUUGUCUUGUCAACUAACAAUCUCAGUGGUCCCAUCCCGCCUUCCAUAGGAAACUUGAGGAAUUUAACCACUUUGUACCUUUAUCAGAAUGAGCUUUCUGGUUUGAUCCCUCAAGAAAUUGGAUUGUUGAGAUCUCUUAAUGAUCUUAAGUUGUCAACUAACAAUCUUAGUGGUCCCAUCCCGCCUUCCAUAGGAAACUUGAGGAAUUUAACCACUUUGUACCUUCAUAGGAAUGAGCUUUCUGGUUCUAUCCCUCAAGAAAUUGGAUUGUUGAGAUCUCUUAAUAAUCUUGCCUUGUCAACUAACAAUCUCAAUGGUCCCAUCCCGCCUUCCAUAGGAAACUUGAGGAAUUUAAUCAAUUUGUACCUUUAUAAUAAUGAACUUUCUGGUCCCAUCCCUCAAGAAAUUGGAUUGUUGAGAUCUCUUAUUGAACUUGACUUGUCUGAUAACAAUUUGACGGGUUCGAUCCCUACUUCCAUAGGAAACUUGGUCAAUUUAAUGUAUUUGUAUCUUUCUCAUAAUAAACUGUUUGGUUCCAUUCCACAAGAGAUUGAAUUGUUGAGCACUCUUAAUAAUCUUGAGUUGUCAAAUCACAUUUUGAGUGGUCCGAUCCCUCAUUCGAUUGGAAACCUGAGCAACUUAAUCAGUUUGUUCCUUCAGGGUAAUAAACUUUCUGGUUUCAUUCCAUCAGAGAUUGGAUUGUUGAGAUCCCUUAAAGAUCUUGAUUUAUCAAAUAACAAUCUCAUUGGUUCGAUUCCGACUUCCAUUGGAAACUUGAGCAACUUAGUCACUUUGUUUGUUCAUUCCAAUAAGCUUAAUGGUUCCAUCCCACAAGAUAUUCAUUUGCUAAGUUCCCUCAGUGUUCUAGCCUUGUCAAAUAACAAUCUCUCUGGCAUCAUUCCUCAUUCUUUAGGAAAAUUAGGCAGCUUAACUGCCUUAUACCUCCGAAAUAACAGUCUUUCAGGUUCAAUUCCUUACUCAAUAGGAAACUUGUCCAAGUUAAAUACUUUAGAUCUUCAUUCUAAUCAACUUUUUGGUUCCAUUCCUCGAGAAGUUGGAUUUUUGAGGUCUCUUUUUGCUCUUGAUUUGUCAAAUAACAAACUCACUGGUUCAAUCCCUACUUCCAUAGGAAACUUGGUCAACUUAACUACUUUGCACAUUUCCAAAAAUCAGCUUUUUGGUUCCAUACCUCAGGAAGUUGGAUGGUUGAAAUCCCUUGAUAAACUUGACUUGUCUGAUAACAAGAUCACUGGUUCAAUCCCUGCUUCCAUAGGGAACUUGGGUAAUUUAACUGUAUUGUAUCUUUCUGAUAACAAAAUCAAUGGCUCAAUUCCUCCUGAAAUGAGACACCUUACACGUUUGAGAUCUUUAGAGUUAUCUGAGAAUCAUUUGACUGGCCAACUACCGCAUGAGAUAUGUCUUGGUGGAGUACUUGAAAAUUUUACAGCUGAAGGAAACCAUCUCACUGGAUCUAUCCCAAAGAGCUUGAGAAACUGCACUAGCUUAUUCAGAGUUAGGCUAGAAAGAAACCAACUUGCAGGAAAUAUAACAGAAGAUUUCGGUAUAUACCCGAAUUUACUUUUUAUUGACCUGAGUUACAACAAAUUGUAUGGUGAGCUUUCACAUAAAUGGGGGCAGUGCAAUAGUCUGACAAGCCUAAAAAUCUCCAAUAACAAUAUUUCUGGUAUGAUACCACAUCAACUUGGGGAGGCAACCAAACUAGAACAACUUGACCUCUCUUCAAAUCAUCUUGUUGGGGAGAUACCAAAAGAAUUGGGUAUGUUGAAGUCACUGUUCAAUUUGGUGAUAGACAACAACAAACUUUCAGGCAACAUUCCUUUGGAAUUAGGAAAUUUGUCCGAUCUCGUACAUCUUAACUUGGCAUCAAACCAUUUAAGUGGCCCAAUUCCCCAACAAGUUCGAUACUUUCGGAAAUUGUUGUCCUUGAAUUUGAGCAAUAAUAAGUUUGGGGAAAGCAUUCCCGCUGAGAUUGGGAAUGUGAUCACCCUUGAGAGUCUUGACCUUUGCCAAAAUAUGUUGACAGGAGAGAUACCACAACAACUUGGAGAAUUACAAAGCUUGGAAACAUUGAAUCUCUCCCAUAACAACCUCUCAGGUACCAUCCCACCCACUUUUGAUGAUUUGCGAGGCCUGACAUCCAUAAAUAUAUCCUACAAUCAGUUGGAAGGUCCGCUACCCAACCUCAAAGCUUUUCGAGAUGCCCCAUUUGAGGCAUUAAGAAAUAACAAAGGUUUGUGUGGUAACAUCACUGGUCUCGAGGCAUGCAACACUGGCAAAAAGAAGGGGAACAGAUUUUUUCUUUUGAUUAUACUCCUUAUUUUGAGCAUUCCAUUGCUUUCAUUUAUUUCUUAUGGAAUUUAUUUUCUUCGUCGAAUGGUAAGGAGUAGAAAAAUCAAUUCUAGAGAAGUAGCAACUCAUCAAGAUCUAUUCGCAAUAUGGGGCCAUGAUGGGGAAAUGUUAUAUGAACACAUCAUUGAGGGGACUGAAGAUUUUAACUCAAAAAAUUGUAUUGGCACCGGAGGAUAUGGAACUGUUUACAAGGCCGAGUUGCCUACAGGUCGAGUUGUUGCUGUGAAAAAACUUCACUCAACACAAGAUGGAGAGAUGGCUGAUCUGAAAGCUUUCAAAAGUGAGAUUCAUGCUUUAGCAGAGAUACGACAUCGCAACAUUGUCAAGCUUUAUGGCUUUUGUUCAUGUUCAGAAAACUCAUUUUUGGUUUAUGAGUUCAUGGAAAAGGGAAGUUUGAGAAACAUUCUAAGCAACAAGGAAGAAGCAAUGGAGUUUGAUUGGGUUUUGAGGCUAAAUGUUGUCAAAGGCAUGGCUGAAGCUUUAUCUUAUAUGCACCAUGAUUGCUCCCCUCCUUUAAUUCACCGAGACAUAUCGAGCAACAAUGUUCUGUUAGAUUCAGAAUAUGUAGCUCAUGUAUCCGACUUCGGCACAGCUCGACUUCUGAAGUCAGACUCAUCUAAUUGGACUUCAUUUGCAGGAACUUUUGGUUAUAUUGCUCCAGAACUUGCUUAUGGCUCAAAGGUGGACAAUAAAACAGAUGUUUAUAGCUUUGGAGUGGUAACAUUGGAAGCAAUUUUUGGAAAGCAUCCUGGGGAACUCAUCUCAUCGCUCUUUUCAUCAGCGUCCUCGUCAUCCUCAUCACCAUCAACUGUCUAUCAUUUACUGUUGAAUGAAGAGAUAGACCAACGUCUCUCACCUCCUAUGAAUCAAGUGGCUGAGGAAGUAGUGGUUGCAGUGAAGUUAGCACUUGCAUGUAAUCCCCAAUCUCGACCAACCAUGCGACAAGUUUGUCAAGCACUCUCAACACGGUGGCCGCCAUUGUCAAAACCAUUCACCAUGAUUACUUUGGGCGAAUUGCUUGGUCAUGGAGGUGAAACUACUUGAGGGUCUUCACUUCUCCUUGUAUAUAUAUUUGUUGUCAUGCAUUGUGUGCGCCUUGGCUUUUACUUUUCUUUGUCUUUGUAUUAUGUUUUCUUAUUUCAGUCAAGUACGGUUUGCUUUAUAAAUCAAGUGUUAUUAUGCAA